AUGACCCUCUCGCAGCUGCUGCUGUCUGCGUCCCUCCGCCUGCCGCCGCGCGGCGUGCGGCGGCUCGUGCUUACGCAUGCGGGGCGGCGCGUCGGCGGGCUGGGGAAUCUGACCGCGCAGCUGCCGGGGUUUGUGGAGGUCGAGCUGUCAGGAUGUGGGUGCGCGUUGGCUGGCCUCGGCGCGCUGCUGUCGCCGCUGCCGGCGCUCUCCUCAGUCAGCCUCUCGCGAUGCGGCCUUGGCGGCGGCGGCGCCGCCGGCGGCGCCGGCGCGCUCGCGCCGCUGGCGUUCGCCGGCGCGUCGCUGACUGAGCUGCGGCUGUCCUUCGUCGCGCUCGGGCCCGAGGGGCUGGCCGGCCUCUCCGCGCUGCCGCGCCUGCGGCGGCUGGCGCUGCGCGGCGUGCGGCAGCCGCGGCUGCAGUUGCGGCACGUGUCGGCGCUGGGGUCGCUGGAAGAUCUGGAGAUCUCGGGCGUCGAGACGGCCCCCCUUCUAGAAGGUGCGGGCGGCGAGGGGGGCCUUCAGGCGGCGGGAGGCCAGGGGCCGCACGGCGGGGAUCUGGGUGGUGUGGGAGAUCUGGGCGUGGCUGCGGGGCUGGUGGCGGACGAGGAGGGGGCGGAGGGCGCUGUCGCGGCAGAGCAGCCGCCCGCGGUUCAGUUGGCUGGGGCCGCGGGCGGCGGCGGCACGGGGCCCGAGGCGGCGCACCUGGACGACCUCGCCGCGGCGCUCUCGCGGCUGCGGGGCCUGCGGCGGCUGAGGGUGCGGCGGCUGCGCGGCACGGGGGGCGCGGUGGAGGGCGCGCUGGCGGAGCUCUCAGCGCUGACGUCACUGGCGCUGGAAGACGCUGACCUGGCGGACGGCGCGCUGCCUCUCUGCUGGGCCGCGUGGGCGUGCGGGCUGGUGGAGCUUAAGGUCAGGAGCUUCUGCUACGCGCGCCCGUGGCCCGGCCCGCCCCUGGCCGCACUCACGCGCCUGGAGGCCGCCGGCGCCUUCCGCGCCCCGGAGCGCUUCCUCGGGGGGUUCGCGCCAAACCUCGGACUCCUGGACGUCGGAGGGAUCGACUGGGGCCGCGGCCCGCCCGCCGCCGGCUUCUCCUUCGGCACCGCCGGCGACGGCUGCGGGCUGCACACGCUGCGGCCGCCGCCGCCGCCGCCGCCGUCGCCAACCCUGACCAUGGAGCAAGAGGGGGACCGCGCGGCGCUGCUGCUGCGGCUGACGCGCUGCUCGUCGCUGCACCUGGCGCACCUGGGCAGCCGGCGGCUGGCAGGGGUGCUGCCGCAUGCGCUGUGCUUGUGGACUGGCCUGCGGGAACUCAGCCUGGAGCGCGUGACAAGCGGGCUGGACGACACGGCCCUGCGCCUGCUGCUCGCGCCGCAUGCGUCCACGCUCGAGGCGCUGUCGCUGGUCGGGUGCCGCGGGGUGACGUGGCGCGGCGUCCGGGCGCUGGGCGCGCUCCAGCGGCUGCGGCGGCUGCGGCUGGCGCACCAGUACGAGGUCACCACAGCCUCCGUCAUCGCCGCCGCGCGCGCCUGCGGGCUGACGGAGCUGCACCUGUCUGACCUCUUCGCCUCCUGCUCAUGCCACGGCGGCGCAAGCUGGCGCGCGCACGCGGCAGACGCAUUCGCCCUGGGGGCGCACUGA